AUGCCUCCUAAAAAGCAACCUGAAAAAGGAAGUAAAUCAGCUGGCGCUGGCCCCACUAAAAGUGGAGCAUUUGGGGUUGAUGCUAAAGAAUCGGCUGGAAAAGAGAAAAAAGGUGGGACUGCUGUCAAAGUACGUCACAUAUUGUGCGAAAAGCAGUCGAAAUGUUUGGAGGCGUUGGAGAAAUUAAAGGCCGGUCAGAAAUUUCCUGACGUAGCGUCUGCUUACAGCGAAGACAAGGCGCGACAAGGUGGUGACCUAGGCUGGAUGACUCGUGGUUCUAUGGUCGGCCCAUUUCAGGAUGCAGCAUUCGCCUUGCCUAUUUCUUCAGUCUCCAACCCCGUGUAUACAAACCCUCCUGUUAAAACCAAGUUCGGUUAUCAUAUCAUAAUGGUUGAAGGCAAAAAAUGA